AUGCAAUACGCCGCCAUCCCAUCGCUACAGAAAAGAUCCUCUAGUAGUCUCCAAGCAACACUAUCCAACCAACAGAGCUUCUACAUGGCAAACAUCUCCGUAGGCACCCCUGGCCAAAACAUUGGUGUCCUCAUCGAUACUGGCAGCAGUGACCUAUGGGUAAUGGACGCCCUGAACCCAUACUGUGUAUCUUCUUCUUCUUCUUCUUCUGCCUCGGUAAACGUCGAAAAUCGUCUAAAACUAUUGAACCAUACCAACAAACAUCAUUUCCAAAUUAUAAAAAGAAAUCUAGCCAACAACAACAACAACAACAACAACAACAACAACAACAACAACAACAACCCUCCUCCUUCCUCCACCACCAUCAUUGAUGACUCAACAAUCGUCACCCCAUCUCCAACCAUCGUUCAAAAAAACAUCAUAUCACAAAUCGAAAGCUGGUUCACAGAAAUCGGUACUGUCAUCGCCACCACCACCACCAUUGGCUCUGGCUCUGGCUCUGGCUCUGGCUCAACCCAAUCCCAAACCCAAUCCAUCGAUACCUCCACCGCCCUGGCAACCAUGGACUGUAGCUCCUACGGCACCUUUGACCAAUCAAACUCGUCCACCUUCAACUCCAACAACACAGACUUCCUCAUCAAAUACGGUGACGACACCUUUGCCAGCGGCACUUGGGUCUACGACUCGUUAUCCUUGGGUAACGUCUCCGUCACUGACUUCUCGUUUGCCCUUGCCAACGAAACUAACUCCACCAUGGGGGUGUUUGGGGUCGGGCUCGCAGGGUUGGAAACCACUUACUCCAACGCAAACUCCGUCUCCUCCAGUUACACUUACCUCAAUUUCCCCAUGAAACUUGUCGCAGAAGGUAUCAUCCCUCGUAACGUCUACUCAUUAUACCUCAACGACCUUGCCGCUGAAGAUGGCGCCAUUCUCUUUGGAGCAAUCGACCACUCAAAAUACUCUGGCACCUUGACCACCGUCGCCGUCGUCAACACUUUGAAAAGUCAAGGUUACUCCCAACCAGUGAAGUUUGAAAUCACUUUAUCCUCCAUCACUUCGUCUUCGUCGUCCAACACCGUCACCGUGUCUAACUCAUCGAUCCCUGCCCUUCUUGAUUCCGGUACCACCUUAACCUACCUCCCAGUCACCUUCAUCAACAACAUUGCCACCGCCAUCGGGGCAACUUACUCCAAAUCUUCGGGGUAUUAUACCGCGUCGUGCUCCAUUGCCCUGAACUACAACAUCACCUUUGAUUUCACUGGGGCGUCUAUCGUUGUCCCCCUCUCCAACUUCUUGAGCUCGACCGACGGGGUACAACUCGUUGAUUCUUCGGGCAACAUCAUCAGUUCCUCCAAGAGCUCGACUUGUGUGUUGGCCUUGAUGGAUGCUGGUGAUAACAGUGCGGUGUUGGGUGAUAGCUUCCUCUCCGCCGCCUACGUGGUUUAUGACCUCGAUAAUUAUCAAGUAUCGUUGGCCCAAGCAGUGUAUGAUGUCUCAUCAAGUGAUAUCGAGCUUGUCAGUAGUGAUAGCACCUCGGCAAUUCCUCUGGCGGUGCUGGCUGCUUCUUACAGCGCAACCUAUUCUGGCAGUGUCACCAAAGAAACUGGAAACAUAGGUUCUGGUGGAUCCAGUGGGACUAAAAAUUCUGGCAAUCGUAUGUCAAUCUCCAUGGGGAUGAUUGGCAUGGUGAUUGGAUGUUUGACAUUCUCUUUCUAUUGA